AUGGCGCCUCAUCCCUUGGAUGCGCCCACCAUCCAAGUGCACCGAGAGACCCAGCAACCUUUCCCCGGAGCCUCGGACCACGAAGUGCUCAGUUCCAAUUCCACCCCACCUAGCCCCACUCUCAUACCGAGGGACUGCUCCGAAGGAGAAGCGGGUGACUGCCGAGGGACCUCGAGGAAGCUCCGCGCCCGGCGCGGAGGGCGCAACAGGCCCAAGAGCGAGUUGGCACUGAACAAGCAGCGACGAAGCCGGCGCAAGAAGGCCAAUGACCGGGAGCGUAAUCGUAUGCACAACCUUAACUCGGCGCUGGAUGCGCUGCGCGGUGUCCUGCCCACCUUCCCGGAUGACGCCAAACUUACAAAGAUCGAGACCCUGCGCUUCGCCCACAACUACAUCUGGGCACUGACUCAGACGCUGCGCAUAGCGGACCACAGCUUCUAUGGCCUGGAGCCUCCUGUGCCCUGUGCGGAGCUGGGCAGCCCAGGAAGUGGCUCCAACGGUGACUGGGGCUCUAUCUACUCCCCAGUUUCCCAAGCUGGUAGCCUGAGCCCCACGGCCUCACUGGAGGAGUUCCCUGGCCUGCAGGUGCCCAGCUCCCCAUCCUGUUUGGUCCCGGGCACUCUGGUGUUCUCAGACUUCUUAUGA